UAUUGGUCCAGAAGGAAUAGUGCGUGGCCUAGCUCUUUUGCUAUUACAUGGCGUUGGAAGUAGCAUCAGAAGAAAGCAUUGCCUUUAUCCCAAAUCUGCUGCACAUUUCCAUAUACGUACAAGGCUGUAUAUCGUGUAACCACAUUACAAAAAAUCUGCCUCACAACCGGCUUUCACCCACCUGGAAACUAAGGACGUGAUAUAUUCCCAUUUUGCUUUGCAACUUCUCGUCGCAGACGCCCGGUCUAGCAGAAAGUGUAUAAAUUCUAGAGGAUGUCAGGCAUCAAAAGAAGAAUUGAAGACAAAGACCCUGAUUAUGAAGACAUUUCUGUUGUGCAUCAGAACAAAAGGCACAAAGUGGUUGAGCAGAAUGCCCGAGAUGCCACCAUACAGAAGAUCGAAGCCAUCAUUAAGGAUCAAUUUUCAAUUGAGAUGAAAAAUAAAGAACAUGAGAUCGAAGUUAUUGUGCAGCGUCUCAACGAAGCAAGAAGGAUGAUGGAUAAGCUUCGGGCCUGCAUCGUGGCAAAUUACUAUUCAAAUGCAGGGCAGCCCAAAGUUUCAGAGGGGGCAAAAUGUGAUCCUUCAGUUUUCAACCACCCAGCAAUAAAGAGGUUCCUUGAGUCUCCUUCUAGAUCGUCCUCUCCUCUCAACCAGGGGUCAGAGACGCCGUCCCUGGUCCACUCCGAAACAGAGUCCCUCACUCAUCUCAGCGAAUGCCAGCUGGACAAAGAAGGCGAGCAUCUUUAUAAAGAAGAGCCAGGCAGACAGGAACGAAGACCAGGCAGGAACACAGGGAAGGAUACAUUUGGCGUGUCUUCUGUUCAGGAUACAGAUCAGCGAGUCACAUACCACACAACCGGAGAGGACUCUUCACGUCUCUAUGUGAAGAAAACCAUUGUUGUUGGAAAUGUCUCCAAGUACAUUCCCCCUGAUAAGAGAGAAGAGAAUGACCAGUCAACCCACAAGUGGAUGGUGUAUGUACGGGGUUCGAGAAGGGAACCAAGCAUUGACCAUUUUGUCAAGAAGGUGUGGUUUUUCCUUCACCCCAGCUACAAACCUAAUGAUCUGGUUGAAGUCAGUGAGCCACCUUUUCACCUGACAAGACGAGGGUGGGGGGAGUUUCCUGUCCGAUUUCAGAUACAUUUUAAGGAUCCCAGAAACAAAAGGAUUGAUAUUAUUCACCAUCUAAAGCUGGAUAGAACUUACACUGGUUUGCAGACACUCGGGGCAGAAACGGUAGUGGAUGUGGAACUGCAUCGGCACUCUUUGGGGGAGGAGUAUGUUUCCUUCCCCUGCUCUUCAGCGCAGCCGCCCUCUCAUCAGCCUCUUGUGUCCUCCUCCUCAUCCUCCACUCAGCUGGCUUCUGGGUUCGCUGCAGCAGGCCGGACCUCCUCUCCUGUCAAACUCACUCAGGAGGCCCUGGGGGCUUCUGACAAAGGAUUUCCGAUUAAAAGUGAAGUUGGGAGGUCCACUGCUUACACUUUCCACUCUUCUGAACGUACUCCUUCAAGACCGAAACCCACUGAAAAAAUCACUCUGGGUUCCCACGGCAACUCCGCUUUUCAGCCAAUCACAGCAAGCUGUAAGAUAGUAUCUCAGGGACAGACUCCCAACCCAGCGGAGUCCCCUGGAAAGUCCUUCCAGCCGAUCACCAUGAGCUGCAAGAUUGUGUCAGGCUCUCCGAUCUCAACUCCUAGCCAUUCCCCCCUGCCCCGCACCUCUACCUCAACACCAGUGCACAUGAAACACAACUCCUCCGUGAUCAAUAACCCCUAUAUCAUUGUGGACAAGCCCGGGCAGAUGAUUGGAAGUCCAACUGGCAAACAGACAAGUAUUUCUCAAGCCUCCCAAGGAGCCAAAUCACCAGCACCAAAGAUCCAUGGAAACAGUUUUAUAUCCUCCUCUGCUGUGAAGGAAGAAUCUCUGUUUGCAGCCAUGCCCCCUCUCUGCCCUAUUGGAAGCCAGGCCAAGGUACAGAGCCCCAAGCCUGUCUCUGGUGGACUUGGUGCCUUCACAAAGGUCAUUGUAAAACAGGAACCUGGAGAGGCACCCCAACAACAACAGCAGCAGCAGAUGAUGGUUUCCACGGCAACCUUGCAGCAGACUGCGCAGCAGUUUGUCACAGUGAAGGGAGGUCACAUGAUUGCUCUGUCACCCCAGAAACAAGUCAGUGCUGUAGGAACCGGGACCACACAGAGCAAGGUUGUGGGAAUUCCUAUGGGCUCUACCUUGCAGUCAGCUAUCAAACAGACUGUGCCUAUCAGUGGUGGUCAGAUCCUUGUAGCCAAACCCAACGCUGCGGCCAACAAGGUGAUCGGGCAGAAACAGGUGAUUGCACAGGGAGUGGCCAAGGCUAUAGUGAGUGCAGCAAGUGCAACAGUGAUGGCCCAGUCAGUACACACUGUCACCAAGGCCCAGAUAUCUUCAUCGGGGGCCCCCAAGACUGGAUCGCAAGGCUCAGUUAUGGCUACUCUGCAGCUGCCUGCCAAUAAUCUUGCCAACCUGGCCAAUUUACCUCCAGGCACCAAGCUGUAUCUGACAACCAACAGCAAGAAUCCAUCAGGCAAAGGCAAGCUGCUGCUGAUACCCCAGGGAGCCAUACUGCGUGCUUCAAACCCUUCAGGUCAGCAAAGUGCUAGCAGUGCAGGAGGAGGCUCUCAGACUGCCAGCAGCAGUCUCCCACCAAACCUGUCCUACACCUCUUACAUUCUCAAGCAAACUCCACAGGGAACAUUUUUGGUUGGUCAACCAGCACCUCAGGGAUCUGGGAAGCAGGUGGCAGCUGGAUCCACCAGUCACAGUGUGACCUCUUCUUCUGGUCAGCAGCAGACGAUCAGGGUAACUGCUGGCCAAAAGGCGGCCAUCCUUGCGCAGGUCGCUGGCCAGACAUCUACAGUGAAAUUAUCUGACGGCUCAGUGAAGACAGUCGCUGCUGCAACCCACCUGUCGAAGCCUGGGACCACCACCCUGCGAAUGACUGGGGGAGUGAUUACCUCUGCCAGCUCCAUCGGAGCCACCGUGGCUGCCAGCAGCGCUGCAGGGGCUGCACCACAGAAAUCUGAUGGAGGGAGCCUUACCUCUGUGGCUGCAUCCCCCCAAGGGGGGAAACCUGUCCAGCAGCCCAUUCUAGUAACACAGAGCCAGGCAGGGGUCAUCGGGGCUGCCAAGAGUGUCAUCCCUUCAGCCGUCAGUGUUGCCAAGUCUGUGAGCACUUCAGUGGUGACUGUCACCAAGAGCAUCAAUCCUUCACUGGUCACUGUGGCCAAGAGCAGCAGCCCUUCAAUAGUCACAGCAGCCUCCUUGGUUUCCAGCUCAAGCACAGCGAGCGGGAAGACUGCAGCUACUUUGUCAGGCAUGCUAAAGAUACAUUCAGGCCAGUCCAACACUCAACAGGCUGUGCUGACUAUCCCUGCCAGCCAGCUCAGACAGCUGGGUGUGAGUUCAGCAGCAGGAGGGGUGCAGACCGUCCUUAUGCCUGUCAACAAAGUGGUCCAGUCCCAAUCAACCAGUAAAGUCACCCCAGCUGCAAUAGGAAGUGGACUCUCUACAGCAACCAGCUUGAUCACCAGCAGCACUUCUCCAUCCACACCGACCACAUCCACUGUGCAAGUGAAGUCUGAGCCUGGCAUUGUGGGGCCGAGCAGCAGUGCAGUGUCCUCAGCUACCGGCAGCACUGCAGUGAAAGUAGAACAAGGCACAGAGGCAUCACUUGAACUCAUUAACACUGAAAACUUGAAGAAUCUACACCAGCUUUUGACAGCCCUGGUGAAAAAGUUUCCACUCAUCGUAUGUGAAAAAACAGAGGACUCCAGUCCUUUCUGUGCGCGAUCAGUGGAGCAGUAUUACAGCUGGAAUAUUGGAAAACGAAGAGCGGCUGAGUGGCAGCGAGCGGUGGCUGUUAAGAAGGUCCUUCAGGAGAUUUUGGAAAAGUCAGAGAGGUUUCAGAACAUCACCCCUUUGAAAAGCAAACAGAUUGUGCAGUGGUGUCGUCAGCGUGGCUACACACCUCCUGACCUGGAGCUCAUGAGAAGCGAAGAAGACUCCAUGGAGGAUAUCCUAACACAGAUUGACAACGAGCCUGAGUGCCCCGUCACAUACCUGCAAGCAGAUGAGCUGUGUCAGAGGCUGCAGGAGCUGCAGGGGCUGCUGAAGACCGAGCCAGAGAGCGAGGAGGAGGUGGUGGAUGUUGUCGGGGUGAAGCAGCCUGUCAAGAACCAGAUCAAACAGGAGAAGGAGGACGAGGACGAGGAGGUCAGGUUUUACCUGGGCCCCUCGCCCGCCACGGAGUUUGUGAGAGAUGCCGGCCAGCAGAUUGGGAUUUCAUUCCAGCCAGUAGAACUGGAGAAGAAGGUUUACGGGCCUGCAGUAGAAGAUAUGAUCUUUAAGGCAACUGAACAGUUUGCAACUGAGAUUUUACGAGAAGCGUUGGCUGUUGCCUUUGCCAGGUCCCCCCAAAACAGAAUUCCUAGAGAGAUAACAGCUAUGAACAUCCACCAGGCUGUGAGCAGCAUCCCAUCCUGCGACUUCCUCACCAAUAAAUACAUGGGCAUCCUAAUGAAAGACAACCACCCUGAGUGAAUCACUGAGAAGAUCCCAGUACGAUAGCACUCUGGUAAAACACCAUGGCUGUCUGCAUGGUGCUUUCUGGUUUACCACGGACAAGCUAGUUCAAAUGGACAAGUAACUGUUCCCUAAACAAUGAAUCUGAACUCGCAUACACUUGAAACUAACACACUGCAGCCAGCAGUGCGCAUAAAGAAGGGUUUCCUGUUUUGAUACAGAUUGUGAACAGAAUAUGCUGAAAAUGAAUUGGUGUACGUGGUUGAAAUGAAAGUGAAAAACAUAUCGCAGGGUUCUAUUUAGUUGAUAUAAGCAGACCUAAAUACUACAGCUGUUAAAAUUAGGCCGCUGUUUACAUACUUUUAAUGAGAAUGAGAUGUAUUGGAGAUCGCAUGCAAUGGUUAGAUAUGUUGUUUUUCAUAACCUUGUUUUUCAGAGGCCCCUAUUUUGAAUCCUCUGAUAAUUUUUUGUUCCUCCACUGGUGAGUCUUGUUUUGUUAACAACAGAACAGAAAUAAAAAGUUGAAUCUCAUCUUCAAACCUCAGUUGUUCAUGGUUUGUUAAAAUAAAGGCCUGUAAUGUA